AUGUUAAUGUACCCCAUGAGAUGCAAUAGACCUAUGCUAGAGUUGGAUGAUGAAGAAAAAGAAGAUAAGAAUUGUGGUAAUCCGCAUACACCAGAAGCCAAACAGAAUAAUGCCAAAAAUAGAAUAAACAUGUUACCUACAGUUCUUCUCCGUAAUAUAAGCAUUCCUUCAAGAACAGUUAACGCAAAUAAUGGAUAUCAAUACAAAAAGUCCCAGCCAGUUUUACAAAAUUUGAUGAAAUCCAAACCAUUUGUUUCGAGAUGUCGGUCACGGUCUCCUUUUGCGUUACAACCCACAUCUUUGCCUCAGUUUCAGUCUCAAAUGCGAUCGCAAUUACAAUCACAGUCACAGUCUUCGUCUCGAGCUACGCCUCAAUCGCGGUCACUGUCCCGGUCUCGAUCUCGAUCACGGUCUCGAUCUCGGUCCCGGGCUCGAUCUCGGUCUCGAUCUCGUUCUCAGUUGUGGUCUCCAUCUCCAGCUACGCAUCGAUCGCGCUCAAUGUCCCGGUCUCGGUCUCGUUCUCGGUCACGGACUCGAUCUCAGUCUCGAUCUCGUUCUCAGUUGCGGUCUCCAUCUCCAGCUACGCAUCGAUCGUGCUCAAUGUCCCGGUCCCGGUCUCGGUCUCGUUCUAGAUCUCGAUCUCGGUCUCGAUCUUGGUUACGAUCUCAGUCACGAUCUCAGUCACCGUCUCAAUCACGGUCUCGAUCUCGGUCUCAGUCACGAUCUCGAUCUCGGUCUCAGUUAAGAUCUGCGUCACGCUCUCGAUCACGGUCUCAGUCACGGUCUCGAUCUCGGUCUCAGUCAAGAUCUGAGUCACGGUCUCGAUCACGGUCUCAGUCACGGUCUCGAUCUCGGUCUCAGUCACGGUCUCAAUCUCGGUCUCAGUCAAGAUCUGAGUCACGGUCGCGAUCACGGUCUCGGUCUCAGUCAAGAUCUCAGUCACGGUGUCGAUCACGGUCUCAGUCACGGUCACGAUCUCGGUCUCAGUCACGGUCUCGGUCUCGGUCUCGGUCUCGUUCUAGGUCUCGAUCUCGGUCUCAAUCACGAUCUCGAUCAGGAUCACCUCUUCAACAUGUUGAAGGUGUUCAUGGAAAUUCAGACUCAUCAGAUACUGACAGUGACAACGAAGAAGUGGAUAACGAUUUCCCAAUGCUUUAUAAAUAUCAUCGAAGGCUGUAUAAUGAAUAUUUGAAACGAGGAGCGCUAAUCCGUAAUGGGCUUAAUGUGAUAGUUGACUCAGAGACUUGGGAGCUAAUACAAAAAAAGGAGUUUGGAAUUUUUAUAAGGGAAUUAGCGACCACAAUUUUCAAAGGAAAAUUAGCUUAUAGCUGUAUUGAUAAGUCAAAGGUAACAAAUAAUUUGGAUAAACCCAUCAAAAUGUGUUGUCCCCAGAAAAUGGAGCUGUUCUUAUUAACAAUAAAUGAACAUCUUAACAACGAUGAACGUUACAAAAGUAAAGAGAAAAGAACAAAGCAGUACAUGGUGUCGAAAUCUGUCCGAAAGUUAAGCUCCUACAUAAGAGAUUUGAGACGACGCAAGAUAGCAGCAACAACAAAUCAAUGA